AUGCCACUGGUUUAUAAUAACAGAAAAAAUAGGAAAACAAAUUUAGGGGAUAACCCCAAAGCUUCGAAGAAGCAAAAAAAGAUUCUCGAAGAUGAGAUUUCAUCUGAGAGUGACUUUGAAGACGAUGUUGUAAGAACAAAAGAAUCAGCAAUUAAUGAAGAUAUGUUUGAAAGUGUAGAAGAAAAAACUAAAAUUGCUGAAAAAAACUUGCUAAAUAAAUUUGGUUUAAUUGAAGAAAAUAAGGAAAUUGAAGUAUCUAGUACUAAUAUAAAUGUAGCUGUUAAAACAGGUAGUCGUUACAAACAUCUUGCCGAUUCAUUGAAAAUUAUUACUGAAAAAGUAUUUACCUAUCGUGGACAUAGAUUUUCACCAACAUCAGUUGCCCCAUCACCAGAUGGAAAAUAUCUUUUUAGUUGUGGUAAAGAUAAUAGUGUUAUAAAAUAUGAUAUAAUUAAUAAAAAAAAAGUAUCAACUUUGAAUAAAAAGCUAACGCCUAAAUUUCAUAAACAUGGAGUAAAUUGUUUAGCUGUUGAUCCAAAUGGAAAAUAUCUUGCAACAGGAGGUGCUGAAGGAAUUGUUAAAUUAUGGAACUUAGAAACAAUGGAAUUUGUCUCUAAUUUAGCAGGACAUCGUUCCGGUAUAACUUCAUUAGCAUUUAGAUUAGGUGUUGAUGGUCAAUUAUACUCAGCUAGUGAGGAUCGUUCAAUUAGAUAUUGGGAUACAAAUCAAAUGGGAUUUGUGGAUAUUAUGUAUGGUCAUACAUCAAUCGUAGGAAAAAUAGAUGUUUUACAUAAACCUCGUUUAUUAUCAUGUGGUACUCAAGACCAAUCUGUACGUAUAUUUAAAAUUGGUGAAGAAUCACAAUUAGUUUACACACCACAUGUUGAAGCUACCAGUGUAGAUACUGUUUGCUAUUUAGAUUCUACAACUUUUGCCUCUGGAGCAAUUGAUGGUUCAAUUUCAAUUUGGUCAUCUAUGAAAAAAAAACCAAUAUGUAUUCAAAAGUUUGCUCAUAAAAAUGGUAAAGAUAACAAAGAUUGCCAAAAUUGGAUUACCUCACUUGCCGCUAUUCCUUAUUCUGAUUUAAUGGUUUCAGGAGGAAAUAAUGGUGUAAUAAAUUUUUGGAAAAUUGCAAAUGAUAACAAAAAAAUUAUACUGAUAACAUCAUAUAGUGUGGAUGGUUUUAUUAAUGACCUCAAAUUUUCUAGUAACGGAGAUUUUCUUUUUUGUGCUGUUGGAAAAGAUCACAGAUUUGGAAGAUGGUCUACAAUAUCUGAAGCCAAAAAUCACAUUCUUGUUAUACCCUUAAGUUUUGGGGAUACUAAUGAUAUUGAAAAUGAAGUUGAAUAG